GCGGCGGCGGCGAUGGCGGCGCGGGGCCGGUGCCCCGAGUGCGGGUCGGCGUCGCUGGUGGAGGACGCGCACUACGCGCAGCAGCAGCUGGUCUGCGCCUCCUGCGGCUGCGUCCUGUCCGAGGGGCUCCUCACCACCACCUACACCGACGAGGAGCAUCUGCGGGAGGUCGCCUAUUCCCAGAGCACUGGCCAGAAGGAGCAGCUGAGCCGCUGCCUGCAGCGAGGGAUCCGGAGGGUCCAGGACCUCUGCAAGGUGCUGCAGCUGCCGGCUGUAUUCGAGGAAAUGGCCGUGUCCUACUUCCAGAGGGCUCUGCAGCUCCCCGCCUUCCACCUGGUCAGCCUGGAGAAGAAGGAGCUGCUGGGAGGCUGCUGCGUGUUCGUGGCGUGCCGCCAGCACCGCUGGCCCCUGACCAUGGGCACCGUGUGCUCCCUGCUCUACGCCCGGCAGGAGCUGUUUGCCAGCGUCUUCCUGAGCCUGCAGCGGGAGCUGGGGCUCUCGGUGCCCGCCCUGAGCCUGGCAGACCUGGUGACAACGCACCUGAACAGCUUCCGGCUGGUGCAGCCCACGGCCAGCGUCCCCGCGCCCUUCCUGGAGGACAAGGAGCAGCUGCUGGCCCGCACCUUGGCCAUCGUGGAGCUGGCCAGCGAGACGUGGCUGGUGACCGGCCGGCACCCCGUGCCCCUGGUGACGGCCGCGGCCUUCCUGGCCUGGCAGUCGCUGCGGCCCGGCCCGCGCCUGCGCUGCCCCUUGGCGCGGUUCUGCCGCCUGGCAGGGGUGGACCUGCCCCCCCCGGCCCACCUCCGGCUGGCCGAGCUGCUGGACAUCCUGCUGGGAAUGGCCUCCCAGCUCUCCUGGCUGCGUGCCUUCUGCUUGGACAAGAGAACGGUGGUGAAGCACAUCGGGGACCUGCUGCAGCACCGGCUCUUCCUGCUGAAACGCGCCUUCAGCCAGCAGGACGGGCAGGGCCAGCAGGACACGGCCCCGGGCCAGGGCUCUGGGAGCCAGGGCUCCCUGGAUAAAGACUCUCUGAGCCAGGACUCCCCAGGCCAGGGCUGCCCAGGCCAAGACUCUGGGAGCCAGAGGUGCUCGGGCAAGGACUCUGUGAGCCCAGGCUCCCCAGAUAAGGACUCCCUGAAUAAGGACUCCCCAGGGCAGGACUCUGUGAGCCAGGACUCCCUGGAUAAGGACUCUGUGAGCCAGGGCUGCCCAGGGCAGGACUCUGUGAGCCAGGGCUCCCUGGAUAAGGACUCUGUGAAUAAGGACUCCCCAGGCCAGGGCUGCCCAGGGCAGGGCCCCCCCAGCUCUCCUGCGGUGGCACAGCAGCAGGGCUGUUCCUCAGCAGGGAAGCAGCAGCGUGGGGGCAGCCUGAGGCCCCUGCUCCCUCCCUGCCUCCUGCGGCCCAGGAAGAGGCCGCGGCCGGCAGCUGCGAGCGCUCCGGCCGUGGCCCUCACGGGCGACGAGCCCAUCUCGGACAGCGAGAUCGAGCAGUACCUGCGGAGCCCCGAGGAGAUCCGUGCCUUCAGGAAGGCCAAGGCCUGGCCCUGAAGGUGGCCCUGGCCCGGAGGGACGGUUUUGGGACCAGAAGUGUGAAGGCCACCAGGGACGGGGUGGUUGUGCUGCAGGGACAGUCACUCUGGGAAUGAGGCUGGGCUGGGUCCUCCUUAAUGUGCUGGACCAAAAUGGGCUUUUUGUGGAGUGACUUCUUCAGGUCAUGUUAUGUUUCUGUUAUAAGUAAAUAAAAGUGCAGGUGCCAAGUUUUCCAUGGCAGCCUCACCUUGGACUUCUCA